AUGAAAGCCGUAAUUCAACGAGUAAUACAGGCAUCGGUGACAGUUGGAGAUCAGACAGUGGGGUCCAUCGGUCGAGGCAUCUGUGUCUUCAUAGGAAUAUCUAAACAUGAUACGGAGAAGGAAAUGGAUUAUAUUAUUAGAAAAAUCCUCAACAUUCGCAUUUUUAGUGAAAAUGAAGACAAACGAUGGAUGAAGAGUGUUGUAGAUAUGGACUACGAAAUUUUAUGCAUCAGUCAGUUCACCCUUGAUGUGACACUAAAAGGAAACAAGCCAGAUUUCAGCAAAGCUAUGGGCCCAGAUCUUGCAAGACCAUUUUACAAAACAUUUUUGGAUACCCUGAGGUCACGGUACAAGCCUGACAAAAUUCAAGAUGGUGAAUUUGGAGCCUACAUGCAAGUUCAUAUACAGAAUGAUGGGCCAGUCACCAUUCCUUUGGAAAUAAAGUCAAAUAAG